CUUUCUUCUAAUGGUUUUUAUUUUUGACUAUUCGUGAACCUUCUCCUUUUGCUCCAUCAUCCCCAAGCACUCUUUCUUCAUUGCAGUUCUAGCACGUGUGUGCACGGCUGCCUUAACCAACAAUCCUGCUCCUCUCCUCUCCCCUCCCUUCACCUCCCCUCCCCUCUCCGCUCCUUUCCUCUCCUCUCAGGCAAUGGGAAACAUGGAGGGGAGGGGAAUGAGAAAGAUGAUCAAUAAAGAGCGCGGACUCUGCACAGGCUGAACGACACACAGAAUAAACUAGGGAGAGGAAGGAGUUACACGGGAUCUGCCUGCAUGUAUGGACGAACUGGACAAAUUGGAACAAGGAGAAACGGGUAGAUCCACGCACCCUGGACAUUCCUUUCGGUGUGGUUGUGACAGAGAAGGGCUGCCAUGUGUGAGGAUGCGAGUGUGUACAACCUGUGCGACAACGGCGUCUCAAUCGCCAAGUCUUCCACGGCAGCCGUGGGAGCAGCGUGAGGAUCCUUCCGUACUGUCGUGCUCACCGCCCGAUGCGCUCAGAAGGACACAGGAAGUUCAGGAGACAGCGACAGAGGCGUGAUGGCCGGACGCGCCCUGACUCGGUCAUCCAUCCUCAGAUAUCCGCCCGGGCUGCUGCUGCUGCUGCUGGCGUCUCCCUCUCAUCCUCGUCAGCUCUGGUGAAUGUCCUUGCUGUGCGUCUCCUCGCGUUGCCUGCCUUUCUGCCGCCAUUCUGUGGACGGAUGCUGCUGUCAGCGCACACGUGAAGCCUGCGAGAGCGCGUGAUCUGAACCGAACCGGACCGCGCACGGCUGCGGGUGGACGGUGUCGUUCCGCUCGGUGACAUUAGUGCAUUGUUUAAGGCCUCACAUUUUUUAUUUACAGGUGCUGCUCGUCUCAUUGCUGAUGACGUAUGCUGCGGGACACUUGUUAUUCUGAAUUGAACGUGGAGGACAGAAAAAGGUGCAUGCAAAGUAAGGUCACCAGGACUGAGGCAUGAAGCUUAUUUUGCUCAGCAGCUGCCUGCAGUGGGUGUUUUCUACGAACAAAAGAGCUGCUUGUGCUGCACUGACAGUCAGCUGAAGGUUGUCUUUUCUGUGUCCAAGAUAAAUUACAGCUACUAAGAGAAAUUCAUAUCGGAAACAAAGGAACAAGCAGGGGGUUGGGGGAUGGAUGCUGCUGUAGCUCACAUAGAGAAACUUAAUCUCCCUCCGAUUUGCGUCUCUGUUGUACUGUCACAUUCGUUGGUGUCCCCCCACGCUGGCACUCUCUCAGCUCUUCAUGUUGGUCUGAUGUCAUUCGUCUCCUGUGUGUCUACUGAAGCCUGACCACAUGAGCGAGGCCAGCACACUGCACCAACGCACCACCUACCUCAUCUCCCUCACUCUGGUCAAGGUAGAGGCUGUGGGGGAGAAUGGAGGGGGAGCCAAAAACGGCACCCAGGGGAAGGAGGCAGAGGCCGGAGCGGGAGGAAAGGCCCAGGAUGCUGAGGUGAGAGCUGAGGGGGGAAGUGGAAGCGGAGUACGGGCUGAGAACGGAGCCGGCGCUGGUUUAGGACAACCGCAAAGAGCUGAGGAUGCUGCGGUUGGUAACGAACUUAAAGAUGGAGAGAGAACAACCCUCAGUCCUCUGAAAGGCAAACUGGCCUCUGAUGUCGAUGUCCUGAGUAAAGGGAACGAGAAGCCACCUUGCUCCCUCUCAGUCUCCUCCCCUGCUGAGAGGACAUCACUUCAGAAGAAUCCUGAUGAUUUCAUGCAAGUAGAGAAGAGACGUUCCACUCCAGACGAAAAGCAAUGCAGGUCUCCGUUGGCCGAGGUCAGCGUGGAGCCCAGCCACACCCCAACCAGAACCAGUCUUCCUCUCCGUCCCACUGGACAGCGCCCGGUGAGUCUGCUCAAGUCUCACACCAGCCUGGCCACACGGGGAAGAGACUUCAGAGAGGGCAGAGAGCGCAGCCCGACCUCAGCCCAGAGCCUCGACCGCAAGGACUGCCGUGUGCCCACGCGCUCACCGGGCCCAUGCAGGGCCUCGUGGGCUGAAGCCAGCAGGCCCGAAGCAUGGAGGGACCUGCAGGAUGAGGUCCAACAUGGGAUUCCCCUGGAGAUCAGAGGUGGCGUGGUCACAAUGAUGAGAGAUAAUACCAGAAAGGACAAACUGAAGACGGGCUCGACCUCGCUUCCUGCACCGGCCACCCAGGCCCCCAAACCCACACGCAAAGGCAAAAGCCGCACGCUGGACAACAGCGACCUGAACAGCCUCUCUGAGGACCUGGGGCUGGCCAGGGAAGCCCAGCAGGCGCAGCAGAGCCAGCGAGGCUCCGCCAAAGACAGGAAGAUGCUCAAGUUCAUCAGCGGCAUCUUCACAAAGAGCAGCUCGGGGUCAGUGGGGUCGUCCUCCACAGCACCACCGGUUUAUAUACAGAGAGACUCCAGCGAGGAGGAAGUAAAUAUCGGUAGCAGCCAGGAGUGGACCCUGGGCAGAUCCAUCCCCGAGCUCAGACUGGGAAUUCUGGGAACUCUGAAAAGUGGGAAGUCAGCCCUGGUGAACAAAUACAUCACAGGCAGCUACUGUGCACUUGAGAGGCCUGAUGGUGGCCGCUAUAAGAAGGAAGUGCUGGUGGAUGGACAGAGCUAUUUAUUACUGAUCCGUGAGGAGCCUGGAGCUCCAGACGCUCAGUUCAGCAGCUGGGUUGAUGCAGUGAUCCUGGUCUUCAGUCUGGAGAAUGAGGCCAGUUUCCAGGAGCUCUACAAACUCUACAGCCAGCUCAGUGCCUUCCGCACAGACACCCCCGUCAUAGUGGUCGGGACGCAAGAUAAAAUCAGUAGCACCAACCCCCGAGUGAUUGAGGACCAGAGAGCCAGACAGUUAUGCAUUGAUGUGCGUCACUCACUGUUCUACGAGACCUGCGCCACCUACGGGUUCAAUGUCGAUCGCGUCUUUUCAGAGGCCUCGCAGAAGAUCGUAGCUCAGAGGAAGCAGGCGGCGCUGCAGGCCUGCAAGUCUCUCCCCAACUCUCCCAGUCACUCUGGAGGAUCCACGCCUGGAUCGGCCUCCUUCCCCGGCCAGGCCACUAAUGGCCCCAGCAGUGGGUACGCCUACUCCCUCCCCUCCACCCCUGUGGUGGGUCACAGAGACCUGAGGGUUGUGCAGGGAGAGGGGGGAGGCAGUGUCAACUCACGGCAGAAGAACAUCCCUAGACGACCAUCUCUCUUCAAGAACCGUGACCCGGAUAAAAAGGCUGGUGAUCUGAAAGGGGACCUGAGUGUGAGGGGGGUUCCCCUGAAACAGAGCAUCCUGUGGAAGAGAAGCGGUAGCUCUCUCAACAAGGAGUGGAAAAAGAAAUUUGUCACUCUGUCCAACAACGGCACUUUGUCCUACCACUCCAGCUCCAGCGACUACACACAGAAUGUUCAUGGGAAGGACAUCGACCUGCUGCGUGUGACAGUAAAGGUUCCUGGAAAGCGUCCUCCUAGAGCCGUUGCUCCUGUGGGGCCUUCACCCAUUCCCCCCAGCUCCAUACCAGGCGUAAAUGGUCUGAGUAAGGACCUGACAGCUGCUGACAGCACCAGUACAGUUCCUCAGUUGUGUCCAGCCACUCUGUCUGUGGUUGACGAUCGCUCUGGCAGCUUGUCACCUCAAGGUGGAGACCGAGGUCUUCAGCGCUGCCCCUCGUCAUUGUCCACCAAAGCACAAAGUGUUGACGCCCUUGAAGCGACAGCUGGAAAAGACUUGGGUCAAUCAUCUCCCAUGAGUGACAGAAAAAAGAACAGGAGAAAGAAGAGCAUGAAUCAGAAAGGAGAUGCGGCUGCCGGCCAGGCAGAAGUCAAACGCAAAAUGUGGAAAUUAAAGAGCUUUGGUAGCUUAAGAAACAUUAAUAAGACAGAUGAGGAGAAUUCAGACUUCAUCAUAGUGUCGUUUACCGGGCAGACGUGGCACUUUGAGGCCCAGAGUCUGGAGGAGCGAGACUCAUGGGUGGCUGCUAUAGAGAGCCAGAUCCUGGCCAGUCUGCAGUCCUGUGAGAGCGGGAGGAACAAGGCACGGAGGAGCAGUCAGAGCGAGGCUGUGGCGCUUCAGGCCAUUCGUAACGCCAAAGGCAACAGUCUUUGUGUUGACUGUGAAGCUCCAAAUCCUACGUGGGCCAGUCUUAACCUGGGUGCGCUGAUCUGCAUUGAGUGCUCAGGAAUCCAUAGAAACCUGGGUACUCAUCUGUCUCGUGUUCGCUCGCUGGACCUGGACGACUGGCCCGGAGAGCUCACGCAAGUCCUGGCAGCCAUUGGAAAUCACAUGGCCAACAGCAUCUGGGAGAGCUGCACACAGGGCAGGACCAAGCCUGCACCCAAUUCAACACGUGAGGAAAGAGAGUCGUGGAUUCGAGCUAAGUAUGAACAGCGGGCGUUUGUCUCACCUCUUCAACCUUCCUUGGGAACCCAGAUGCCAGAUGACAGUAUGCCUGAGUGGCUGGUGUCCGCAGUGACUGAGAAGGAUCUGCCCAGGUUGCUGCUUCUGUUGGCCCACAGCACCAAGGACCAGAUCAACGCUCAGCUGGCCGGGUCGCCAUCUUUGCCUCGUACAGCCCUGCACGCUGCAUGUCAGCAGGGAGAUGUAGUCAUGACUCAGCUACUGGUUUGGUAUGGAAUUGAUGUGAAAGUGAAAGAUAUUCAAGGCCAGACAGCCAUGAUGAUAGCCAGAAAAACCGGGAGCAAAGGCUGCAUCGAUAUCUUGCUCCAACAUGGCUGUCCUAACGAGACAUCUCCCACCACUGCCACCCCUGUCCUCUCUCGUCGGUCCAGUACUGCCAGCUUGGGCCGAACCAGCUCCAGGAAGCGGGUGUCGUAGCAUGGACUGAGGAUGCUACAGCAUGGUGCUCAUACCAUAGCAAGCUGUAGGAGCAAGCGGAGCUGAACAACGUGACAGAUGACAGGACUACAAGACCUAUAUGGAUUCAAAAAUGCUUCUGAAGACUGAACCACAUAUCAAACAAGUUAAAAGCAAUAUUAAUUCAAUUUGUUGAUAGCAGAUAUAUUGCUGAAAUACUGUGUUGUUGUUGACCUCUUUUCAAAAGGACUGUAGUAGAGAUGUGUAGCUGUCUUCAGUACCAUAGGAGCAAACAUUCAACUUGCUUCUGUUUCACUUCCAUCAGACGAAGUGCAAUAAUCCAGCUAUGAUGAAAAGCAACAAGUCUUUGCGUGAACUGUGUUGGACGAUUGUACCGCCACUGAGAGGUGACACUGUUAGUAUGGACCAAAAACAGCUCAUUUUGCUUCCAUAUGGCUUUACAAACACAACAUAAACCUACAGUAUAGUCAUGUUUUCAAAUACGUGUACCUGUCGCAACUCAGUUUGGACAAUAUCAACAAUUUGUUCAUGACUGGCAUAACUCUGCUUAGACUAGAAAAAUGAUGAUUUGAAUUAUGAAGUAUGUCUGUGUUACUCACGGGUCAAAAAUGUGGCAUUUUAUUAUACUGUAAAUGUACCUAUACUACAUAUUCAAUGUUAAACUCCUAACUUAAAAUGAACACACACCUGAAAAUCUGAUUCAGUUUUGUAGAUGAUUUCUUACUGGUAGUUUUUGAAAAUAUGUCUAGUUUGUUUUUUCAUUGUCUGUCUUUCAUAAUUUCUUAUUCUUCUACAUGUCAUACAAUCAUAAGCCAGUGAACAUGUAAUCAUGUGGCUAUUUGUGCAGGAGAGUCUAAUGAUAUGAAUGACUAUGAUAAAAUGAGCAUUGAUAUUACUGUUGUGUAGGUCUAUCCCAUGAGUUUACAGUAAAAGGGUGCGAGUGCCAUUGUUACUUCUGACACUUUGUGGACCAUGUGAUUAAUGUGAUAAAAGAAGUAUUCAUAGUCAUUCAAAGUGCAAAUAAAUAAACUUUUUUUUAAGCAUUA